AUGCGAUUUCCGGAGCCGGUUUUGUUCCUCUUCAUCACUCUCGUUGCGGGUACAUCGAGUCCUUCCACGACGACAUUAACACCUUCCACAUGCCCUUUCCGCACAGUUAACUACAUUACCCACAGUCUCCCUCAACAAUGUCUCGCAUCCACUCGGAAAACCAACCUCACGUCCACGACUGUCGACGCCACCGCCUCUCCCAGCGUAGAUCUGGCAUUUCCUACGUCUUCCGCAAUUGACCAUUCUCACGCGACUCCCUCCCCAUCGGUUCUGUCUACUGUUCAUUCACAAUCCACGACUGACGCUUCGGCCCAACCUGUGCAUACUUGGGAAGAGCAGUCGGCUUCAAGUUCUUCCCAGACUGAAGUGGAUGUUGCUCCUCCAGGUACAGGCAACGAUGGGUCGGAGGAAGAGUCUCCUCUCGAGGAGGGGAGGUUCCUCUCUUUCGAAGACUGGAAGCGAGAAAAUCUCAAAAAGUCGGGUCAAUCGGAACAUAUUGGCAAGGGACCUGGAAUCGAAGGUAGAGAGCCGAGGAAACGAGCAGCGUCUCUUCGAGAUUCCCUAGAUUCUUUGGGAGACGACGCUGAAAUAGAUUUGGACUUCUCCGGCUUCGUAUCCGAUACCCUCGACCCUCCAAACCAGGUUCCCCCCACAGUGCCUCAGGAGAUCCGCGACAGCUCCGUCGAGAUUGAACUGGGGCGGGCUCCGAAAGCCGGCGUGAGGAGCAAAGAUGCAGGCACAACAUGUAAAGAACGAUUCAAUUAUGCCUCUUUUGAUUGUGCGGCCAACGUUCUGAAGACCAACCCUGAAGCUAGAAGCGCCUCGGCCGUACUUGGAAAUAACAAGGACUCUUAUAUGCUAAACGAGUGCUCCGCUCAAAACAAAUUUUUGAUCCUGGAAUUGUGCGACGAUAUAUCAAUCGACACUGUCGUGCUGGCAAACUUUGAGUUCUUCAGCUCGACUUUCCAUACCUUCCGAGUAAGCGUAUCUGACAAGUACCCAGUCAAAGUCGACAAGUGGAAGACACUAGGCACUUUUGAAGCUCGGAACACCCGCGAAGUUCAAGCGUUUUUGGUUGAGAAUCCGGUCAUUUGGGCACGAUAUCUGCGCAUCGAGUUCCUCACGCAUUAUGGGAACGAGUUCUACUGCCCCGUCAGUCUUGUCAGAGUUCAUGGGACGACAAUGCUGGAAGAGUACAAGCACGAUCUUGAAUCAGUCCAACUGGAGGAUGAAGGGAAACCCGAGCAGGAAAGCGCCGAGAAUGCAGAAGAGGAUGGACUCGUACCAGAAGCCGUGGCCGAGCGGCUUUUGACUGAGACCGAUGCUGUUGAAGAGCCUGUCCACACUGCUGAUCCAGCAACUGCAUCUGAUCUACCCGGCGUGCAAGAGCCUCUCCUAAAUCACACUCAAUAUCCCAUGGUUGAAGGUAGUCAAGCUCCCGUUUCAACCUCGCCUGCUCUUUCUUCUCGAAUGCUCAAUGACCUGGAAAACCAUAACCACGCGCUCGGAACGUGCAAGACAACGGAAGACGGUGCCGGUACAACUUCCCAUAGUCUUGACCAACAGAAUGCCACCCAUUCGUCUGAUACAGAAGCUACAAGACUCAGUACCGAUGUACUGGUUUCCAGUUCUUUGAGGCCAAGCAACGUCACAGCGACGUCGACAGACGGCUCAACCACAACGUCCAAAUCUGAUCCCAUUGUCGAGUCGACAGCUGCUAAUGCUUCAUCUUCCCCACCUACCAGCAACAGUUCGAAAGCGUCCGUGUCCUCGACGCAGUCCUCUCACCCAGCUCCAACGAUGCAAGAAUCCUUUUUCAAGUCGGUUCAGAAGCGCCUGCAAAUGCUUGAAUCGAAUUCUUCCCUGUCUCUUCAGUACAUAGAGGAUCAAUCUCGUGCACUUCGAGAUGCAUUCCACAAGGUGGAACAGAGACAGCUUGCCAAAACGACCUCCUUCCUCGAACAUCUAAACACCACGGUUCUCAACGAGCUCAGAGAGUUCCGCCAACAGUACGAUCAAUUAUGGCAGUCGACAGUUAUCGAGCUUGAGAUGCAGCGCGAGCGCUACCAAAAGGAAAAUAUUGCCAUCAAUGCUCGGCUCGGUGUUCUUGCCGACGAAGUCAUCUUUCAAAAGCGAAUGUCCUUUCUGCAGUUGAUCCUCAUCUUGAUCUGUCUUGGAUUGGUGCUGUUUUCCAAGGGUAAUCUGAACAGCUAUCUUGAGCUGCCGCUGGUACAGAGUGUCUUGUCCAGAUCUCCGAGUACGCGAUUUAUGAAUGCCGCCAGUCCUGACACACCCUCGCAAAACUCUCCAGUCUCAAGAUCUAACUCCGCGGGCGCAGCACGACGGCGUCUAGGCAUUUUAAAAGGCCAUCGCCGUUUCCCUUCGGAGGAUUCGGCCGACAACACAAUGAGUUCAGCUGAUUUAUACUCGCCCCCGACUCCUGUUAGUUUCGGGGAUCCUUCAUCGGACGGCGACGACAAAGAGGACAGCAACCAGCUCGGAGAUCCCCAGUUCGACCCCAGUCUGAUAGAACGACCUAGCACGAGCCCUCCGGUGCUGGCUGGGGCAGAGAUGUCCAGUGACUCAGAGCCUGGCACAGGUUUUGUGGACGACUCCAUCGAUAAUGUGCUUCGUGGUACCUCGUCUAGCGGCAUACAAACAAAACCUCCUAUCCUCCUCGUCGAGGAUGCUACACCUCCUCCCAAACACCUGAAGUGGCAAUUGCCAGAAAGCUAG